AUGUAUUAUAAAUGUGGCGUUAAACUAGUAAAGCCAUUGGAUGUGACAAUAAUCAGUGCAAACAAACCGCUGUCGGCGGGCAUUAGGGCUGAGAUCAGGUGCCGGUCCAGUGGCUCGAGACCCGCGCCCCAGAUAUCCUGGUUUAAGGGCUCGAAGAAGAUGCCAGAAGUGAGGGACAGCGCGUCCAACGACGGGAACGCCACCAUCAGUACGCUGUCGUUCAUACCGGCCAUUGAGGACAAUGGCAAACAUCUGUCGUGUCGCGCAGAUAAUGAACAAAUGGCUAACGACGAGAUCGAGUCCGGCCGGAUAUUAACCAUUUAUUGUAUGAUACAUUAUAUUUCUCACUCACCCACACAUGUGCCUCAACUGACUCUAGCACUGGGAGCCAACAUUGGGAACCAAAUACGGGAGGGAAGUGACGUCUACUUCGAGUGCACGAUAGUGGCCAACCCGUGGGUCAUAGACGUGGGCUGGCUGUUCGAGGGCCGACCCCUGUUCAGCGACACGUCCAACGGGAUUAUAGUCAGCAAUCAGUCGCUGGUACUACAGAAAGUGAGACGAGAGCACAGGGGUCGGUACCAGUGCUCGGCCACCAACAUCGAGGGGUCGGCCACUAGUAAUAAGGAGUUCCUUAAAGUGAACUGUAAGUCGCUGUCAAACAAUAACAAGAAUUUCCUAUUUUCUAACACAGAAUAUUCUGUACUAUUUGUUCGCACUCCAGUCGCACCGGUAUGCCGACCGGGACAGACCAUCAUCUACGGCGUGGCCCGCAAUGAGCGGGUGAACAUCACGUGCGAUGUGGACGCCGAGCCCAACACCGACAUGACGUUCCGGUGGCUGUUCAACAACUCGGUGGACGCCUGGGAGCUGCGGUCGUUCGCCAACAACGGCUCCCAAUCGGUGGCCCCGUAUGUGCCUCAGAGUCGCAACCAUUACGGAACGGUAUUGUGUUGGGCGCACAACACGAUCGGCAAACAAAAAGAGCCCUGCGCUUUCAGCAUUGUGGCAGCUGGUCCUCCAAAUCCAGUUAAUGACUGUUAUGUAACAAAUGUCACUCUGACCGCACUGUUACUGCACUGCGCGCCGGGAGAUAACGGAGGCCUACGGCAGACGUUUCACCUGCAGGUCUACAACAACGACAAACUCCAACUGCACACCAAUUUGACGGCCUUUGAGACGCCUGUCUUUCACAUCAAAGACCUGCCGCCGGCCACCGAUUUCACGCUCAAUAUCUACGCGUCCAAUGCGAAGGGAAAGUCCGACUCCAUCGCCAUCAACGCCCAGACCACUCAUCUGCCCGAAAGGCACGCGAGAAAAGGUGGCAAUAUUGUUAUGCCUAUGAUUGGCAUCCAGUGUCUAUUUAUUUCAAAUUCAAUACUCGAAACCGAUUCACGGAUUCAGUUCCCGGCUAACUGUAAGGGCUCAUUGAGAAUCAAGUCGUUUGAAAUUUUUUCUUUACUCCCCAACCCUAUCACCCAUACAGACGGCUCUAAUGACGUCCCAAUCAGUCCAAUAAUCGGUGUCCUCAUCGGCAUUAUAGCAUCGCUUUCAAUAGACAUCAGUAUAAAGUUUUGUGUUUCGCUGUCAAUGAGGAGUCGGCAGUUAAUAUAUGUGACAACUCAGGAGCCAAAAGAAAAAGAUAAUUCAAGUCAUAUGAACCUAAUAUACGACAAGUCAGACACUUUCGACAUUACAUUGGAUGGUAAGUACGCCAACAGUACUGCAGAUAAUGAGAUCUCCAAUACAUGUCAACUGUUAGCCGAUCAUCAGUCGUCCGGAUAUAUUCCCUCCGUUUUCUAUAAGAGUCGGGGUCCGGACGUGACGUACGCCGAGCUGUCAAUCGUGUGUCCGAUUGUCUCGCAAAACAACGAGCGACUGAUGGCCUGCCGAUCGCAACACCAAUUAGUGGGUCCGCAAUGCACUCAAUACGCGCUCAUCGACGCCGACGCCACUCUCAACGCCCAGACGACUGUCCGCUGCAGUCCGUCCAUCAGUUCCCAUCACUCCAUACCUGACGGCUGCUCCGAAUCGGAGGUCACUUUAGAGACACCACUCGUGAAUAGCGUCAGACAUAAGUUCUACACGCAUGAGGCCUCAAAUCCUGACAGAAGCGCCACUCAUGUCUAAUCAAAUGGGAAGUGGAUGUGAACCAUAAGAAGCGCAUUAAUACAUGACAUCCACUGCGGGCACAGAAAACACAACAAUAAAAAUCAUAAUCACAUAAUCAUUGCAAACAAAUACUGUAUAUUGCUCGCAGAAUAUUCUGUAUUCAAUUGUCAAAACACACACCAAAUAUGUGUUUCUUUACGUUUGAGAUUCAAGUUUCUACACAAAUAUAAUGAGAAAUAUAUUUGUUUUGACGCUUUUCGACACCGAGAUUAGCGCCGGGAUCUGUUUAGAUAUGAAAAGGCAUUCAUAUUUCAAAAAUAAAUAUCAAAUUCACGAUUAUAUCACAAGAAUUGUUCGCAAAUUCUGGACGAAUAUUACGAAAACUAUUCAAUAUUUUCGACAAACGAUGCGUU